GUUUUCAAGUUAUCUUUCGGAAAGCUUUCUGAAACUUGUUUUGCUGUGUGGGGUGUCAAAAGAACCAGCCGUAGGCAGGUUAAAGGCACGUUAAAUAACCAAAGAAAAAGAAUGAAUUCAGAUUCCGAAGUGGAGGACGAAAAUACGCCUCCCAAAAAAAACCAAAACAAUACGUCGCGUGCAAAAAUUUAGAAAUGCUUGGCUCACGGAAGAGGAAUUUAAACUAUGGCUUCAGAGGGUUCCCAACAACCUCGAGAAAGCCAAAUGCAAAUUUUGCAAUAUCAUUAUGAAGGCGGACAGAACAGUGAUCAAUAAUCAUUUGAAAUCUCAAAGCCAUAAGAAAAAACUUACAUUUUUUCAGCCAAAAAUCAUAGAAUUUACAAAAAAUCCUAACGAUCCAAACUUAACAAUAAGUAAGGAAACAUGCAAAUUAGAAAUACGUUUAUAUGCAUUUAUUACUGAACACAAUAUACCCAUACGGGUUUUGGACCAUUUAACACUUUUGAUGAAGGAAUGUAUUCCUGAUUCAAAAAUUGUACAAAAUAUGCAUUUAAAAGCAACAAAAGGAGUUGCAAUCAUAAAAAAUGUGAUUGGGGCAGCCUCAAAAAGUCAUCUGCAAAACAAAUUAAAAUCAACAUUAUUCAGCGUGCUGAUAGAUGAAUGCACCGACAUUGCUUGUGUCAAACUAUAUGCGUCGUGGUCAGAUUUUUUGAUGAAGAGAGGAAGGAGGAGUGGUUAGUAGAUUUUGGGAUCUAUGUCAAGUAUUUGAAAAGAGCACU